AUGGCCGACAUCGUUCCCGAAGCUGGCGUAGUUCCAGAUCCCACCCAAAUCGAUGUCAAGCUCUUCAACCGCUGGAGCUUCGAAGACAUUCAGGUUAAUGACAUUUCUCUUGCUGAUUAUAUCGGAGUGGUGUCGUCGAAGCACGCCACGUAUGUUCCUCACACUGCCGGUAGGUACUCGGUGAAGCGGUUCAGGAAAGCGCAGUGCCCCAUUGUUGAGAGGCUCACCAAUUCUCUCAUGAUGCAUGGAAGAAACAAUGGAAAGAAGCUCUUGGCUGUCAGGAUUAUCAAGCAUGCUAUGGAAAUUAUUCACUUGCUCACUGACCAGAACCCAAUUCAGGUCAUUGUUGACGCCGUCAUCAAUAGUGGUCCCCGUGAAGAUGCAACAAGAAUUGGUUCUGCUGGUGUGGUGAGGAGACAAGCCGUUGAUAUUUCACCCCUUCGACGUGUUAAUCAGGCUAUCUAUCUUCUAACAACAGGUGCACGAGAAGCUGCUUUUAGAAAUAUUAAGACAAUUGCUGAAUGCUUGGCUGAUGAACUUAUUAAUGCCGCAAAAGGUUCAUCCAACAGUUAUGCCAUCAAGAAAAAGGACGAGAUUGAAAGAGUUGCCAAGGCUAAUCGUUAA